AUCACUUGUGUUUAGUAAGGAGGCAAGCACUUGUUUGUCAUUCUAUCGUUGUGUUACCAUUACAAAUUAAGUUAUAAUUUGAUCAGUUUUUCGGUUAUUGCCAAAUAAAUUGUCCACGUUCGCGAGGAUGCAUGGGAGAAGUCAAAAGUCUUUGGCGGACGACAUGGCCUCGCCGCCAUACAGCAAGGAGGUGCUGAUUGGCAACUGGGCUGAGCGUCGUUACGCCGUUGAGGAGCAAAGCAACGCCAUCCUGCCAGGACUCCGGGUUAGUGGCUGCGAGCGCCAUCGAUCACUCACCCAGGACACGUACACGGAGGCACCUUUUGUUCAGGCCGAAACGGUACCCUUUUUCGUAAUGCAGCGCAAGCUGGCUUACGAUAACUUUAUGAGAAACACACGGUCGUGCUUGAACCUUGUAGAUCACGAAUUACUGAAUCGAAACUUUACUUCAAGCAACACCCUUGAGUUCCAGGAGCUGCCUCGACUUCGUAUUGUGCAAGCCAAUAUGGAGAGUGACAAGAGCGGUCCUCCAAAGCGCCCAACGGAGGUAGACAGACUGCAGGCCUUCGGAAAUCUUACGAGGACUCACAACUAUCCCAUGCGGUUCAAGUGCGAUAAACUUCUAGGCGAAAUCAGCAAUAUGCAGACAACCUAUUCGGCCUGCUUCAACCGCCCAUGGAAAAGUAAGCCCAUCUUCGAAUAUGGCCCAGACUACGACGGUGUCGUCAAAUUCGAUUUGGCGUGCUAGUAAAAGAAAUUAAUGUGUACUUAAAAGAAACUCGAUCGUUUAUAUUACAAGAUUCAAUUUAUUUUAAAUCAUUUUCUUGUAUAAUCAUA